AUGAGAGAGAAGAGGAGAGAGAAGAGGCGUUUGGAUGAACUUCUGGAGAAUUAUCUUGAAGAUAAUUGCUGGGCUGCAUCUUCGAGGGAAAUUGAAUGCAAUUCAUUGAAUGUGGUUUUUGCUGAUUUUGUGACUACUAUUGGUUUUACUAACAGCAAAUCUGACAACUCUUUGUUCAUUUAUCACCAUGGUCAUGACAUUGCAUAUUUAUUGUCGCAUGUUAAUGACAUUGUGCUAAAAGCUUCUACAAAGCCUCUUCGUCACCAAAUCAUCUCCCGGCUCAGUUUUGAAUUUGCCAUGAAAGAUUUGGGAAACCUGAGUUAUUUCUUAGGUAUUGCAGUGACUCGUGACAAGAAUGGCUUAUCAUUGUCUCAGAAAAAGUAUGCGAAGGAAAUUCUAGAGAAUAUAGGCAUGGCUAACUGCAAUUCUUCUCCCACUCCGAUUGAUUCUAAAGGGAAAAUGAGCACAGACUCCGGUGAUCUAUAUGUGGAUCUGACCAUGUAUCGUCGAUUGUGUGGUGCUCUGCAAUACCACACCUUCAUUCGACCUGAGGUAUCCUAUGCGGUUCAACAUGUAUGUUUAUUUAUGCAUUCUCCCAGAGUUGCUCUUAUGGAUGCUCUAAAACGCAUUCUGCGUUAUAUUCAAGGUAUGACUGUUUUUGGCUUACGCUUAUAUAAAUCAUCUAUCACCUCUAUCUUGUCUUACACGGAUGUCGACUGGGCUAGCUACCCUGACAUUCGUCAUUCCACAUCCGGUUACUGUGUUUUUCUUGGUGAUAAUUUGAUUUCAUGGUCCUCAAAACAACAACCUACUUUGUCAAAGUCUAGUGCGGAAGCAGAAUACAGAGGGGUUGCUAAUGUUGUCUCUGAGUCAUGUUGGAUUCGGAAUUUAUUAUUAAAGCUACAUUGUCUGGUCUCUAAAGCUACAUUGGUUUAUUGUGACAAUGUGAGUGCUACAUAUCUCUCGGGCAAUCCUGUUCAACAUCAACGAACAAACAAAAUACAUUGA